AUGGCGAAAGAACCGGUUUGCAUUCUAGUAACUGGAGCCAUAGGACAAAUCAGAUAUGCUCUCAUCCCUAUGAUUGCUAAGGGGGUCAUGUUAGGUCACAACCAACUUAAGAUCUUGCACAUGCUCAAUAUCCCACCUAUUACAAAGGCAUUGAAUGGGGUAAAAAUGGAGUUGGUGGAUGCUAUAUUUCCUCUACUUAAAGGUGUCAUUGCUACGACUGAUGUUGAGACACGCAUAAAGAAAGAAGACAUGGAGAGGAAAGAUAAUGCAAAUGCAACUUGCAAGGUUUUGGUUUUUACCAAACUGGAAGACACCAAUGUACUGAUAUUGAAGGGAGAAUUCAUAAUUAUUGUUCAACAACGUGGUGCUGUAAUUAUCAAGGCUGGGAUUGUGACUGCAAGCAAAUCAUUUAAGAUACUAACUCGUCCAAUGAUGAUGUUAUUGGAUCACCCAGUAGUGAGUGGUGAUGCAAUAUCUACACCUUGUGGGCAAUGUGCUUCUAAUGAGGGUUUGUCACAUUCCAAGAACGAGUACAAGGCCCGAGUCAGUACAAUUACUACAUAUAAAGCUGAAUUUGAGGUUCUUUCUAAUAGAAUAACAGGAAUAUAUGAGAAAAACAAACUUAGUUAUUUUUUGAGUGGCCUACGGGAUGAGGUCAGAUUACCUGUUAGGAUGUUUAAUCCUACUACUUUAAAUGAUGCAUUUGAAUUGGCUAAGAUCCAAGAACAAUAUGUCUCGAGUAGUAGAAGAUCUUGGAGGAAUGGAUCUACAGAUUCUAGUCAGUUGGGUCCAGGGUCGAGUGUGUUAAAAUAG